AUGGCAUUGGGGUAUUUUGAUAGUAUAAUUAUGUUUGACAAUUAGUCAAUAUACAAUAUGAUUGAUUAAUAAUUAGAUUUAUAUUAAGUAGAUUAUUUCCAUUUAAAUAACGUUAUUGCAUAAAUAAUUUGUUCAUAUCCUGAUUUGUAUUAUUUCAGUACUUCAUAUGGGAAAAUGAGUUUAAUAAAUGAUUACACUAGAAAAAAAUAAAAUCAAACUUAUUUUAUAAAAUAUCUCAAAUUAAAAAGAGAUUAAACUUUAUCAAUUAACUCAAUAAACAUCUUUCAAUAACCUUAUUAUUAAGAUAAAAGGAAGAGAACAAUUUUUAUUGAAAGUUCGAUUUGA